GUUUUGUUUCAUGAGUCGCGAUCGUGAUACGCUGGCUGAAUUUACAUCAAGUCAAAAGUAGGGCUCUAAUGUGAAAGAUUUUCGAAAAAAAAAAAUCAAAUUAGUUGCUAUCAUACUCUAGUUGAAACGAUAUUGAUGCAAAAUGUGCUUUUAAGUAAAAUUUAUAAAACUGAGAAAUUGAUUCGUAAAUAUUUUGGCAGCAAUUAUCAGCAUAUCAUUGCGGGAAGUGCAGUUUUCUCUAGAUUAGGUCAUAGGGCGGGUGGUUCGUGCUCUGCGGAACUUCGGUAAACAUGUUGCAGUUCCAAGAAUGAGAGCAUCCAAUUCAAAGUGUCCACCCAUGUUUGUAUUGAACCGAGGACUACCAUCAAUUCUAUUGAAACGUGCAUGCAGGUCGGUCACGAUCCUGCUUUCAAGUAUUUAAAGAUUAGUUUAAAGGAGAAACCUUUGUAAAACAAACGAAAAAGAUGACAAACUCACGGAUCAACUGGGGCGAACUGUUCCCCAGCAAGAAGAGUAUUUUUAUAUUCGUCACUUACAUGUCGCUGUUUGUCGGUCAGGGAAUUCUUGUGACUGCUUCCCAGAGGGCUGAUAACAGCUACAGCUAUAAUACGGUGCUGGUCGUGCUACUGACCGAAGUAUUGAAGUUAAUUAUUUCCACCGUGCUUUACUGUCGAGAGCAUACAAUCAAAACGCUGGUUUUAAAAGUGGUUGAAGGCAGCGAUGUUUUAUUGUUGUACUUCGUACCUGCAUUUUUAUACUGUUUGUACAACAAUCUUGCCUUCGUGAAUCUCUCCACGUUUGAUCCGACGACCUAUUAUCUUCUACUGCAACUCCGGGUUGUUAUAACCGGGGUCUUGUUUCAGGUGAUCUUCAAGAAAUCUUUGAGUAGGAAGCAAUGGUUUUCCCUGUGUCUGCUAACCGUUGGAUGCAUGUUGAAACAAUGGAACUUUUCCUUGUCAACAACUGCUAAUGACCAAGGUGAUAAACUUCCGGUUGACGCGGAUGCCGGAGGUACGUUCCGAGGAAAGAACAUAUCCGGAUUUGAUCUCAGCUUCAGUGCCAUUCUCAUCUUGGUGCAAACGGUUUGCUCCUGUCUGGCUGGAGUCUACAAUGAGUACCUACUUAAGGGGAAGGGAUCUGACAUCAAUAUCUACGUCCAGAACGUGUUCAUGUAUCUGGACUCGAUUGUAUGCAAUCUGCUGAUACUGAUGUUCCGGGGUGAAUUGGCCGCAGUCGUCACCAAAGAUCACCUAUUAGAGGUGUUCCGUUUAGAAGUGCUCGUUAUAAUGAUCAACAAUGCAGCCAUCGGCAUUAUCACCAGUUUUUUCCUGAAGUAUAUGAACUCGAUCCUAAAAACGUUCGCCAGUGCCCUGGAGUUGAUGUUCACUGCCCUGCUGAGCUACCUUCUGUUCUCAAUUCCAAUCUACUUGAAUACCGCUCUGGCGAUAUUCGUUGUGUCUUACGCGAUAUAUCUGUACUCUCUGAAUCCGGUGGUUAAUCUUGCCAGCAAGUCAGGAUCGGGCAGUAUCCGGGACAAGGACGAAAGCCGCAAAGCCUUGAUGAGUCGAGAUGAUGACGACGAUAUCGAACUUCAGAUGGAAGAAGUUUAGACCCAAUUUAGUAUUAAGUGUAUUGAGCGGGGCUUAGUCACCUAAACAAAAAUCCACUUUUUAAGCACUAAUACCAUCGGUGCCUCCACGGGAGGUGCAACCGUUCUUGAACCAUUUCAUCAGUUUGUUUUCCUUGUUUAGAUUUAAGUGAUAGGAAGAGUGAGUGCGCAGCACAUCUCAACGGUGACGAAUCCGUCAUCGUAAACGUUUUAGCAAUUUAUAGAACACCUGAGCACAGGUGAACAUUAUUUAUGUAUGUUGUAUGUAUAUCUUAACAUGAUGAAAUAUUUGAUUAAAUUUCAUGUUUGCGAGAUUCGAUAAACAUCUAA